GGCGUUUCAUCCGCGCCUCUGUGACCGCCAGUCGCGUGGCUGCAUCACCGCGCGUCGGACCGCGGUGAAUCGUGCUCCCCUUCGUGGUCCUGCAAAGUUGUGCUACCACUCCAAGGAUCCCGUUGGGAAGCAGUCACUUUCAAUCGCGUGGCGAGACGCUACUCGAGUGGUUGGUGUGUGAGCUGACCGUGCCUCUCGUCUUCGAGACCAUUCAGACGUUUUGACGGCAUCUCUAUCCGGCGCUCCGCGCGCACGCUCCGGCUGCGACCAAUUGGGUGCCUACACUGUCCUGAAGCAUCGGCAUCGGUCGUUUCGUUUGACGUGUGGUACGUACGGAGAGAGUCAAGCGCUGCAUCGAAGGCCGGGUAGGCGGCAUCUACUCGUGGAUGAUAAGAAAGGAAGGGAACUUUCGUGACGAGAAGAGCCCACCGGCCAGACUCAUGCUGCCGAGAUAAACACAUCGGCAAGGAACUCUUGCCGACAGCGUCGGCACCACGAGAGAGUCCCGGUACCCAGUGCAAUGGCGUCACUACGACUAUGGUGCGGGAGGCGAGCCGUCGCCGUGCUGCCCAUGUCUGCGCUAUGCUUUGGGACGGUGGUGCUGCUGUCGUGCCUGGCUUCUAGCGCGUCGGCCGCCCCGUACGGAGGAAGCCAAUGGCUGCGAGUGCCCUUCAAGUACCACAACUACGAGGAUAUGACGGGAGUGCUGAUCAACGCGACGUCCGUCAGGCCGGACCUGGCGACACUUUACUCCGUCGGACAGUCGAGACAAGGUCGAGAGCUGUGGGUUCUCAUGCUGUCGUCGCGUUCGACGAAUGGCAAACUGCUGAAGCCCUCCAUGAAAUACGUCGCGAACAUGCACGGGAACGAGGUUGUGGGCAAGGAGCUCAUGCUUCAGCUGAUAGCCCACCUGAUCAACGGAUACGACAUCGACCCGCGCAUCCGGUGGCUGCUGGACAACACUAACGUCCACAUCAUGCCCAGUAUGAACCCCGACGGCAUGUCCAUCUCAAGAGAAGGACAGUGCGUGGGCCUGCGUGGUCGGUACAACAGUGCGGGCGUGGACCUGAAUCGCAACUUCCCGGACCCGAGUCACACGGUGCGCAACGUGGAGGAGCCGGAGACGGCGGCGGUGCGCAAGUGGAUCGACACCAUCCCUUUCGUGCUCUCGGGCAACUUGCACGGGGGCGCCAUGCUGGUUCGGUACCCGUAUGACGACACGUACGGACAGAACACCGUGGAGUCGAAGACGCCCGAUGACGACGUGUUCCAGCACCUGGCGCGUACCUACUCCUUCAACCACCCGACCAUGCGACAGUUCUCAUGUGAGCGCCAGACCUUCCACGACGGCAUCGUCAACGGCGCCAAGGUGCAAACGCACGCAGGCAGCAUGCCGGACUACACGUACGUGCAAGGAGGCUGCAUGGAGGUGACUCUAGAGCUGUCGUGCUGCAAGCACCCACUGUCGUAUCAGCUGAAGCGUUUCUGGACGGACAACAGGAAGCCUCUCAUGAAGUUGCUUGAAGAAUCGCACAGAGGUCUGCGAGGAAUCAUCACGGAUGAUGAAGGGUACCCCGUGACAAACGUCAGGCUCAUGAUCAAAGGACGAUACAUGCCAUUCAGAACAAGCCCCAAAGGCGAGUACUGGAGGAUCUUGCUGCCUGGCACGUAUACACUGAUGGCAUCGUCUCCUGAACACAACGACGCUGAGGUGCCCGUCCAGAUCGUCGAAGGUCAAACGACAGUCGUAAACAUCACGCUGGUUCGCAAGGUCCGCUCCUACUACCCGUCCGGCGUCGAAUACGACAAGUCUAGGCCCAGCCACAGCGACUUUUAUAGCAACGUAAAGCCAAACCUCGAAGACGAAUACGACGUCGACACGACCGACAACUCACUAGUCGGCUCCCAACUUUAACAACCUGGAUCCCUUCGUUGCGCAAGGCAAGAACGCGGCAGUUCAAGAAACGGAGGCUUCCCCUAAACAGUCGAUAGCGGACUACUAUCGCACUCUCUACCAAGCAAUACGAACUCUCUCAAAUGAAGAAUGCACGCCACAAGCCAGUGGACUUCAACACAAACUCGCACACUAAUGGACCUUCCAAUUUCCAGGAGCUACCACUCGAGAGGCGGGCGUACACGUCCGCAGGAAGCAGUCCGGUUGGCACCACGGUGAUUCAGCGUCGCACCUCCGUCGACGACGAGCCAGAGUUCCUCGAAAACACCCAACUCGAAGACCCGCUGAACUACAGCUACCCGGUGACGGCCAUUCCGAGAGCUGACACCCGCUCCCACAGCACUACCGCCCCAUACACGAUCAGAAGAGCCGGUUGAAGUCGUUCACCAUGGUGGCGCUCAAGAACGGACCAGUCUCGUUUGUUUACGACAGUGGAGUCCCCCAGAACCAAACGACUACGACGAGUGCGAAUCGUGACGUAACGCAGAACGAUGCGCGCAUUCCUGACACCAGCCACUUUUGACGACGUCUCUGCCGCUACCAGAAUACCACCGAUUUCUAGCACUGGAAAAUGGGCUGACGGGUGGUCCUCUGGAAAUGACCCUUAGGACCGACACCAUGAAUGUCAGUGGACAAAGAGGGCCGGCGAGGUAUACUACUAUUGUACUGGACAAAAACAAAACGGUGGCAACGUGGCAGGCCCAGCAACGCCCGUCGACCCCAUAUCCCACAAAUGCUCCCGUGUUCAGGACCCAAAUGACAGUCUCAUCACCCGGUGUUACUCAAUAUGAGCAAUCAACUGGUCGCGAGAAGGGGACGUUAUCAACAAACCAUGCCCAAACUAUUGGCACAGCACAGCACAACACUCAGUCAUACGACUAAUAGUGGAUACGCCAUAGCAGAUGACGAUACGCAGAGCAUUUCACAGCGUUCUAAAACCGCACGAACUACCAAAGGUAUAAUCACAGUUACUGGUGAAUACAAGACAAUGACUCCUCCCUCUGAUAACAAAGGGGGCGUCAAUACUGCACCUAACAGACAGGUGCCAGAGAAGGUGUUCUACAUGCCAGAGCCUUCCAAUGGAAGGCCGCAGUCACACCGUAUGGUCAGUAUGUCACUUCAAGACACAUUUCCCGCUUCUAUAUUUUCCAGUAAGACUACAGGAGUUCGAGGCGUCCACGUCAUAUUUCACCGACCCGGAGACCAGUUCGAGAUUGUCUGGGUCUGAAAAAAGUUUGCCAGAUGCACCAGGUGCAGAUUUAAGCACACACUUUCCAUCUCCCCCCGAAAGUCGACCACAUGAUCAACCGGUUCAAGAAACGCCAACACAGGCUCCCCCAUCACCCUCGCCUCCAACUGCUUCAUUGGUUACUACUACAAAAAGAAUAAGGCCUACCGAAGAGGCUUACUUAAACAAUGAAGAUGUGACUAGUAGCGUUGAAUAUGACUCCGAAGAUUCGCUGUCACCAGGAAGAACAAAGUCGAGCGGCAGGCCAACCGUAACUACUACAAGACAACCAACGCAAAACGCUGUCUCAGGUGUUUCGACUUUACUAGAACGUAACUACCCUGCGAGAUUACCGAUGGUGGAUACUGUAACCGGAGUAGAAGGACAAGGAACACCUAGAGCCUUGAGUAGGCGGCCUAACAACACCGGUAAGUUGAAGGCGAAUGACCCAGAAUAUACAGUCCAGCCACAAGACAAGCAGCGACCUCCGUUGUCCUACAGGAGUCCACCUUCUCCUACGGAGAUAUUUGAGCGGACUCGGCAAAGAACACGAAAUUUGACCUCUCCGACACGAAAAUCAGCGUCAAAUUUCGGCACGUCUCUUUAUUCUUGGACGAAAAUAGGAAACGUCGCAUUUGGCACGUUUCCAUCUAAUAUAGAGCCAUCGAAAGGAACUUCCUCAGAAGGUGUCGACGACGAGCCAUUCAGGAGGAUACCCAAGACUGCGCAAGCUAGAGCAACGACAAAGAACCACGAGGCAGGUGCAAAAGUGCAUUCGACAGCAUCAGCCAGUCAGGGUGAGCCUGCACACACAACGUCGAGGUACCGCCAAAUGACAGUCCACACACAUAAGCCACUAACACCAACUAUUGAUGUUGAUCAGCCGUAGGCCAACUGCACAAACUAUCGGAGCAUCUUUGUAUUACAGCACAGAAAAGGAUGAGCCCAGUUCACUAGGUUUACAUCAUGCAUCGUCAAUACAUGGCACUGACGACCACCAGGAGCAGCGCUCGAAGUCGCUCACUUAUACACAAACCAAGGAUACCGAGGGAACCCGAGCGACAACAAGUACAAGGUCCUUUAUUACAACGAAGAAAUAUUCAGUUGGCCCUCGACAUAGGUUUGCACCAAAGCCAAUGACAAGCAGUCAUCUACGACGUCCAUAUGUCUCAGCAACGGAGGAGCCGCCAGCAGGCACACAAGUGUCUGAAUUACAUGGUAAACAGACCACCGGUAUCGAAACUUCGCUCCAAGAGAAUGGUGAAAGUGCAGGUUCAACAGUUGCGAGAGCCACAGCAGCACGGACCACGCAGAGAGUAGAAGGAGCGUCGGUAGGAAUCUCGCGCCCGGUGUUCGCAGAACAUUCACGAUCAAUUUUUUCUGAGGAACAUGCGAAAGAAGAUUCGCUGAACAGUGAACGCGAACUGACCGAGUCAUCUCCCUAUGAGCCCCAUUCUCCACAAGAGUUUGUCGUACGAGGGAGCGUAGUAACAAUGACAGAACCGACAGUCGGAAACAAGGCAAAAUACACGUCCUCCACGAGGGCAACUAGCAGCGCAAUACGGACACUCAAGCCUGGCUCAAGGCACUGUUCCGAGCUCAUCACAACGCCGCACGUCCCGGCCUCCACAGCAUGCUCGAACGGAAACAGUCAGACCUAUUAAAAGGCCCGUAGUCCAUUUUAACGCAGCAGAUAAGGGCAGCUAUGUUCCUGCUCCUACUCAAGGAUCGCAAUUACCGUUUCUCCAGGGGCCUCAAUCCACUCAGCCACGACGAACUAAUAGGCCGCAACGGCCAUCAGCACGCUUCUUGCUGAAGCACGGAAAAACACGCCAUAUACGGCUACUUUGCAAACAACGUUGACAGCGAGGCCGAGGACCGCUCUUCCAACAUCCCAAGACUCGCCACAAGUUUUAAAGCAGCGUAUCACCGAAACGCCUCAAGUGUCGCAGCAAUCGUACAGUAUACCUCAUAGAGAACCUUCAUCUUCUCAGCAGGCUAUGAAUUCUCGUCCUUCUGACCAGUCCUUGACAGACACCACCCCCUCAAUUUCCGGGCCAUCCCCUAGCCAUUACCGGGAGGCAGUCACAAACAGCAAGGUAUCUUCGACUUCUUCAGAAUCGCAUGCAAACACAGACCUUGGCGCAGACACUUUGAAGCAAUAUGCAGGUGCGGAACAAACUUCACCGUAUGACCAAGAUAACUCGAAACCACUUACAUAUAUAACGAUGCCAACCGACAAGGCUGAGUCCCAAGACACUUCUCAUUCCCGAGCACCAGCUUACCCGACGGCAGCGUUCACAUCGUACAAACCAUCACUGCCUCCACAGUCUCAAUCAGCGACAUAUGAACGGGGUACACCGAGACCUGCACCAAGAGAACAUGUCACGAUUGCCGCUAGGCCGAGAGAGCAACUCACAAGGCCAAAAACGUUAAGCGAAGCAUCCGCGCAUUCGCAGGAAUCAUUCCCGUAUAAAAAUAUCGAUCUAAAACAAGACGAACAAACAUCAUCGCAAGAACCAACGGGACUUGGAAGAAUGGUAUUAAAGGAGCUAACAGCAGCACAGGUCUCUAGCCAUCCAGAAAAGGUCUUCAAGAUUCAAGGCACUGUAACGCUAGAAAAUGCAAGCCUGAGAGUACAAGAUACGACAAGUGGCAUGCCUAUAAGCGUGACGCUUACCCCAAGACCAUCUGACAUUGAUCAUGGCUCACGGCAGACUACAAUAGAUCAGCAGAUUUCCACAGGAAUUCCUCAAAGCAAUGGAAAUGAGCAUCGAAUUUUCCCAGCGAGAACACCGUCAAGAACGACACGGCCAGGAACGCAAAGUCCACCGCUAUACACCGAGACGAGUCAAAGCCGGCCCUAUAGGCCUACUGUUCCACCGCGAUUCUCAACAUCCAGUAUACAGAAGCCACACAGUUCCCUUGAAACAUUACCAGCAGAUAGAACACCAUCAACGUUUAAUGCAUCUGCAAAAAGUAGUCCUGCGAGCCGCGGGGACGAGCUCCAGUAUGUUGAUGAAAGCACUAACAGUGUUCCUGCAGUAUCAACACAGUCUCAGGCAAAUGAAGGUCUCGUACCCACGACAUCUAGAGGUUACAUAACGACCCAACGUAAUCAGGAACAUCAGCAGCACGCAAGAACUUCCUACGCAGACCACACAUAUAUUCCGACAAGCAGUCAAAGUCAAGGGCAGGCGCAAGUUGAUCAGUUUCGAGAAACGGCGCAGCCAGUCACAGGUAAUCAUGAGACUGCAUCACCACCACAACCAACUGACCCGGACAUAUCAACUCAAGGAACGGCAACUGCGAAUGGUGGAACUAGACAAGCAUACGGAGGCGCUUCUGAGGGGAAGUUCACUCCUACUUCUCGCACAAUCAGGCCCCCUCAGUCUCCCCAUUUAUGUCCCAAGAACACACUCGUCAUGUAUCCUCUGAAGAACUUAAAACAACUCUGCUGCGUGCAAUUCAAGAACCGAACACGGUUGCAUUCACAGUGACACAGAGACAACAAGACGUAGCAAACACUUCGACUCCAAGGUACACCAAUGAGUACGCUUUCACGACAAAGCACGGACUAAACAAGUCUGAAGCGGUUUCAACGCCAGCGGAAAAUGCUGAAGACACACGGCAACAGCACCAGAUAAGUGAGAGACCCACAAUGACCCAGUCUACUUAUGGAACACAGCGCCAGCGCCAGCCUUUCAGGGAAACGCCUGAGGAAAAACUUCAAGUCCGUCCUUCGACGACACCUGUUUUGUUCGAAUAUGAUCCUCAGACUCGAAAUUAUGUGAAAGCGACGCACCACAGCGUGUCUUCUGGAAGUACUCCGGGUGGCAACAUCGUUUCAACGCAUGAACGGCAGAACCAACAGCGUCCUGAAAGAAUGCAGUAUUCAGUGCCUACCCACGAUACGCAGGUGCCCAACGAAACUGACAAGCUUUCUAGAAAUACAGGUCAUACGGAAAACGAUGGGCUAGUGACGGCCCCAGAAAAGACAAUAACUCAAAACUUUCAGCAAGAUCCUCUUAUCGAAACAGUCUCCACAGGAGCAGUUGUGCAUCAGAAACCGACAGGUUCGCCAACGGUAUCACAUCAUGGAUCUACAGCCCAACAUGAAGAGGAAAGGCAACCUUUGCAUGUUCCACAGGAGCACACAACCCAGACUGCAUAUCCGAAAACCCGGGGAUCUGCAAGUGGCCUCGGUGUACAUGCGCCUCAAAACCAACACCACACAACACAGACAAAAACUCCAGUGCUCCUGACCCUUGAAGACAUUCCACCUGAACAGUUGCGCAGAGCCAUCGCUCUUCUCUUAAGAACGUCCUCGUUAAAGAACCCAGAUGACGCUAAGUCGUGAGAGUUCAGUAACACCACCGGAACACAAAGCUACUACGCCACAGAACGCUCAAACAGAAAUUGGUAGUAAUGUUCACCUGGGCUUAUCUCACUAUGAACCUACUUCUGCUGAGUUACCAAAAACUUUCACUCCCGCUUCUGUCUCCAGUGUUCCAUCGCACACUCAACCGUUACCGCAAAAGCAGCUAAGCGCAUCUCUUGUAGAUGGCAUGCGUCCCUAUCAAGACGGAACACGUCACCCGAAUGGCGCAUCUCGAGGGGAAGGUGACCAUCAUGCGUACACGAUUGAUAGAUCACCUCCCGUGACGGGACACCCUGAGCAGCAUGCUUUUCCCGAAUCGCUCAUGGCCUACCACGACCACCAGGAGGUUCACACCGUGCCACCUCAGCUUGUAAAUCAUCAGAACGUUAGGACCACAACGUCGGCAGAAACGUCAACUGAAUUACCCGAUAUUGAAGGCAAAGUUCCAGAUUUCUCAACUGCUGGACACUCAGGAGAAGUUAUUCAUGUGAAACAUUUGACGAAUCGUCCCGUUAGCAGGGUUCCAUCAGGCAUUUCAAACAGCUUCGGUGAGCUACCCAAACAUACGCACACUUUUGACAGACCUUCAUCUCACGAAGAACAUAGAAACUCUGCGGAAAAGAGUAUUCACACGGAGCAACCUUCUGCGGGCGAAUUAUUUUCUGGUGGUCAUCACACUGGAACACUAAGUUCGCAGGAGUUGACAUCUCAAGCACCCGUUUCAAAGGAUGUUCGGUACGUGCCUCACGACAUAUUUACUCCAGCUACUCCACCACCACCAAGCGUGAUCACCACACUCCCGCCCUCAUCGCUGGCACCACCUCCGCAUCCUUUUCGGUCACAGCAAUGGGCCCACAACUGUGAGACCCAGGGUGCCUACAACACCACCGCCCCUGCCUAGCAGCGAAGAGGAAUACAGCGCCGAGCUCGCAAAAGCCAUAGCGAUUUUUCACCGCCUCAUUAAACCGGAACAUUCGCCCCCAGAAAAAAUGACUCCUGUUAGUUCGCCACCUACAAAGCAGGCCUUCAACAAUCCUACCACACAACCAGGACCCACAGUCACAGGUGGGGGUUUCACCAACACACAACAGUUUUCGGCGCACCCAACGCAGCUACUCAAUGCUCAGCAGGGCAUUUUCCUCGACCGAUUGCGCACCAUCCAGCAAAACACACCAGCUCACCUUCUCCCUUCGACAUCACUUAACUCACCAUUGCGUCUCACCACAGAUCCGAUGACACUUUUCAACACAAAUCUACACCCGAUUCAAAUAAAUGGUCAACUGAACUCCCCCUUGACGACUGGACAGUGGGCAGCUGCUUUUCGAAGACAACGGCAGUCUACUAAAAUCGAGGUCUUCUAGAGACACGCCGGCUAAGUGCUGCUUCGAUUUACCAAAUGGGAGAUUUGUCUUCAAGAUUGGGAAAAAGAAGAAAUGAUAGCAGCGGUUUUGUCUUUCUUCUUCUUUAGAAUGAACUUCUGGCCUCUCAAUGAUGGACACUGCGUUCGAGACAAUCUUUUGAAGGCUGCCGAACAUGGCAAAAAUGGACGAGUUCCAAAAUCUUUGUGUGACAUGCUUAAAGUGAGUGCGUUGUGCAGACUCCGAGACUAGAAUCACUCUGUAGUUUUCAAGAACUGUUGAGAAGCCGUAAUUCCCUGUCCAUCUUGUUUUCUGGAAGAAUGCGGAAGUCAGAGGAGUGGAACGUACUUAUGCCACCACGCUUGAAGCAAACAGAUCGAAAAGCGCAUAGCGAUAAUUACUGCAGGUGUCCAAGGACAAAAAGUGGUUUCAUUCACCACUAAUCAGUUGGAGAACUUUAUGUGCUCUGGGAGGUGCAAGGUGAUCGUUUUGUUGUGUCGAAGCCAGUGCACCACCCUACGGAUUAUUGCUCUGUGCAACCAGUGAGUUGUUCGUGUGGUGACUAGUACUCUGUUAAGCAUUGUAGCUGGCGCUGCUGGCAGUGCGAUGAACCAUACAGCAGGCCACAUCAGUGGGGACGUUCAUACGCAGUGGGCUAGUGUGUUGUGCAGUGAAAUGGUGUCGAACUUUGUUCUAAGGUGUUUUGUGGAAAGGACAAUGAUGUUACGCGAUGGACAUGGUGCGUGCUUGAGUUGUAUUUUUUAUACAUUGUGCUGUUGAAGUAUGGUGCUGGAAGAAAGUCGUCCUCAGAAUUGACGAUGACUGACGUUAAACUUAACAGUGCUUCGGCGAUGCCAUUCGAGUUUGUGCCAUGACAAUCAUCAAUAAAGUAAAAAUGUGUUUGUAA